AUGUCCCUCCUCAAUAACAACGCUGGAGCAAAUGGGCACCCACUUGCUUGCGUUGGUCACAUACUUCCUUUGCACCCUGGAGACUUCGUCGACGCCCAGACAGACGGAGUUCACCUCUUGACGACGACAGUUCGUUAUGAAGUCGGCCGCGGAGUGUUGCAGGAGCUAGGAGAUGCGCAGAUACAGAUCAGGAGCAACAAAUUGUAUACAAGUUGUCACCACGUCGCUUUGAUCUGCAGUGCCGUGACGGGGAGAACCGUCUUGCUCAAUCAUUCGCCCAGGAAUGGCACGUAUAUGAACAGUUCCGAUAUUCCUCUGUCCACCAACACGUCGAUCCGGCUUGAGGAUGGCGAUAUCAUCCACCUCGGCCCUCCAUGCGAUAGCUAUACUGGCUCAUUUGUAUACCGGAGGAUCUUCAGCGAUGUAUGA